AUGGGCCUCAGAUUUCCUCAGGGGACUGUCAACCCCAGAAGGCAACAUUCCCAGAUCCCAGUUUGCUUUUUUCCUCCUCAAAACUUCAAAACCCCUCCGGAACACAACCCGGGGCCCCAAGUAAAAAUUAAGAAACGUGGGCCCAACUCCCCUAAAAAACCAACCCUGGCCAACCAAGCCCCGAACUUCCCCACAAUCCCUCCGGGACUGCCCAUCCCACUGGCCACUCUGGCUUCAUGUUUUGGUUCAGAGGGAACAAGAGACCCACUGUUCUUGACUGGUGUCACAUUCCCAUCUGAGUAUCCCAUCUAUGAGGAGACCAAAAUAAAGCUAACAGUCUAUGAUGUCAAGGAUAAGUCUCAUGACACUGUUCGAACCAGUGUUGUGCCUGAACAUAAGGAUCCCCCACCAGAGGUUGGGCGAAGUUUCCUGGGCUAUGCCAGUUUUAAAGUCGGGGAGCUACUGAAGUCCAAGGAGCAAGUGCUGGCUCUGAGCCUGAGAACCUCAGAUGGUGGCAAAGUUGUCGGCACCAUAGAAGUCAGUGUCGUGAAGAUGGGGGAGAUUGAGGAUGGGGAAGCUGACAACAUCACGACAGAUGUGCAGGGACAAAAGUGUGCACUGGUUUGUGAAUGUUCAGCCCCAGGAAGUGUGAGCAGAAAAGAUAACCUACCUUUUUUGAAUGCAGUGUUAAAGAACCCAGUGUGUAAAUUAUACAGAUUUCCCACUUCUGACAAUAAGUGGAUGCAAAUCCGGGAGCAGAUGUCAGAGAGCAUACUUUCUUUUCAUAUUCCUAAGGAAUUGAUCUCUCUUCAAAUCAAAGAAGAUUUGUGUAG